AUGAGAUCAGUAAAUAAUAAAAACAAGAAAAAGGAUGAUGAACAAUUAAUGAAAGCUAAAGAAUUAAAAGAAAAAAUAGAAUUUAUGAAAAAUGAUUUGGUGUCAAAAACAAAAAUUAUAAAAAGUUUAAAAGAGCAGAGAGAAAAUAAAUUAGAAAAUAUUAAGAAAUUGGAAAUAGAAAAUAAAACUAACUAUGAAAACUUUAUUAAUGAAUAUGAAAAGAUUUUGAAUCAAUACAAAAACAUUGAAAAAGAAAUCUAUGAAAUGCUAAAUGAUUUAAAAAUGUUGUCAGAAAGAUCAUAUAAUGAAAUAUUAGAAUUGAGAAAAGAGAAAGAGAGUAUUCUUACAAACAAAAAUUUAAUAAUAGAAGAAAAAAAAAAAGAUCUUCAUGAUAAGAUGGAAGAAGUAGAAUUUGAAAUUAUAAAACAUUCAAAUAUGAUAAAUGAUGUGUUGCUUAAAAUAAAAGAAAUAUUUAAAAAAACUCAUAUUCAAUACCAGUAUGAAGAAGAUUUAAAGCCAUUAUUAAUAAGACUGCAAGAUAUUAAUAAAAAGAAUCAUGAAAUUAAGUAA